AUUUCAUCCACUAUAUUUCACUAAAUAAUAUCCAAAUAGUAUGCCCAACAAGAAUCACAAGACCCCCACCCAACACAGUAAGAUAUUUUUGGAAUAUCAUUUUCAGAUGACUAUUAUUCUGCAGCUGCGCAGUAGCAUCUUGCUUUGACUGCGACAUGGAGUCUCAUCAUACCAGCUGCCUCCCCAGUCAAAAUUCCAAUACCAAGACAGCUCACGACUCUUUUGGAAAUGAUCCUUUCCUGCAAACUCACCACCAGACAAGUUCCACUGAGACCAUGACUCCCACCGAUGAUGAAGUGGAUCGUAUUGACUCUGGAAUUACCGAAACGGUCUCAACCACAAAUCCGUCAGGAGAAAUCCUGCCCAGAGAUAGACAGCAUAAAACUCCGACCUACGAUUAUGCAUACGAAAAGUCCAUGAGUCAAGCGGAAGCGAAGCUAUUCUAUCAGCACCGGCAACUGGUGGCACGAGAUACCGAUACUGAAGCUUCCCAAAGCCCCAUGGUUUCGCAUCGCUUUACUGCAAAUUCUCCAGCGCAAGAUGCGCCGGACAAUACGUACACUAUCAACAAAAAAAUUUAUGGGAACCAGACUUCCCUAGCUGGUAAUGAUGACACCCCAUUAUCCACCUCGCCGCUUUCUUUGGAACAGUAUUCAGCCAUAAAUGAAGAUAGCACUCCCCCCAAUCACAGAGAUGAAGGACGUUUCGCUACCUCUAAUCGGUCUGCUAGAAAUGAUUCAAUGCAGACUAGAGUUCUUCAUGACCAAGCUCCACAACUGUCAACUGAAGAAGGCACGAAAACAACAUUUACCGGGUUAGGGACAUCCCAGAGCGGGAUGAAUUUCACAGCAGACAGUGAUACAGUCACUUCAGAGUUGAACGUGAUUUACCGCAAAAUACAGGGGCUACUUGAACGGCGAUCAAAAUACAUACGUCUAUCGUUACAGGGCCCUGGAGAUAACCCCAAGGACGAUCGUGGGUGGAAGGUUUACCCCCCUCCGCCAGAGCCAGCCUGGGAUGAUGACAAGGACGUCGGGAAAUCCAGUGAUUCUUCCAGUCGCGGGCAGAAAAGAAGGAAAAUGGGCCAGGACAUUGGCGAAGAUUUCGACAUGGCCGAAUUCAUGCCUCUCCCCGGAGAGUCAGAUCUAGUUUUUAAACUGGAUCACAAUAGUGUUUACCAGGUCUACAAACCAGGAAAUUGCGCGGAGUCACAUGAACCAAUCGUCCAAAUACCCUCUUUACGAGACUUUUAUAUGGAUCUCGAUGCGGUUAUAGAUGUUUCGAUUGAUGGGCCCGCGAAAAGCUUUGCUUUCAAGCGUCUUUCUUAUCUAGAGGGCAAGUUUCAGCUUUACUCUUUACUAAAUGAAUACCAGGAGGUAGCCGAUAGCAAGAAAGUACCUCAUAGGGAUUUUUAUAAUGUUCGGAAAGUGGACACGCAUGUUCAUCAUUCAGCAUGCAUGAAUCAAAAACAUCUUCUUCGAUUUAUCAAGAGCAAGAUGAAAAAGUCCCCUGAUGAAGUUGUUCUGUUCAGAGAUGGGAAGCAUUUGACAUUGAAGGAGGUCUUUGAAAGCAUCAAUCUGACUGCUUAUGACCUAAGUAUCGAUACCCUUGAUAUGCAUGCACACACCGAUUCCUUCCACCGUUUUGACAAAUUCAACCUAAAAUAUAAUCCGGUCGGGGAGUCUCGGCUACGCGAGAUUUUUCUGAAAACAGACAAUUAUAUCAAAGGGCGCUACCUGGCGGAGAUAACCAAAGAGGUUAUCUCUGAUUUGGAAUCCAGCAAAUACCAAAUGGUAGAGUGGCGUAUCUCGAUCUACGGAAGAUCAAUUCAGGAGUGGGACAAGCUUGCAGCUUGGGUGGUAGAUAAUAAACUGUUUUCCCCUAACGUCCGUUGGCUCAUCCAGGUACCUCGUCUCUAUGAUGUAUACAAAUCAAGCGGCAUGAUGGAGAAUUUCGAGCAGGUGAUAACGAACGUCUUCCAACCGCUGUUCGAAGUGACGAAAGAUCCUCGCAGUCAUCCGAAACUUCAUAUCUUCCUGGAGCGUGUGGUUGGAUUUGAUAGUGUCGAUGAUGAAAGCAAAGCAGAGCGCCGACUCUAUAGAAAGUACCCAAUCCCAAGAGAAUGGGACACGAAACAAAACCCCCCUUAUAGCCACUGGAUCUAUUUCAUGUUUGCCAACAUCGCGUCUCUCAACAAUUGGCGAAAGCAACGAGGUUUCAAUACAUUCGUUCUAAGACCGCAUUGCGGCGAAGCAGGAGACCCAGAUCAUCUCGCAGUGGGCUUCCUUUGCUGUCAUAGUAUCAGUCAUGGGAUAUUGUUGCGGAAAGUUCCGUUGCUGCAGUAUCUAUAUUAUCUCGACCAAAUCGGCAUUGCGAUGUCGCCACUCAGCAACAACGCGCUCUUCCUUACAUACGACAAAAAUCCAUGCGCAAGCUUCUUCAAACGAGGCUUGAAUGUAUCUUUGUCAACUGAUGAUCCUCUACAAUUCGCUUUCACCAAAGAGCCAUUAAUUGAAGAAUAUUCAGUCGCGGCGCAAAUCUACAAGUUUAGCGCAGUGGAUAUGUGUGAGCUUGCUAAGCAUUCUGUUAUGCAAAGUGGUUUUGAACUCUCACUUAAGGAGAGAUGGCUGGGAACAGACUGCUGCUGGCCAGGAGUUACUGGAAAUAAUGUGGCCAAGAGCAAUGUCCCGGAUAUUCGAAAGGCAUUCAGACAUGAAACUCUGCUUGGAGAACUAUCUCUGAUCGAACGAUACUCUAUGCGUGCAGAUAGAACCAGCUCCAAUAUACCGCCAACUAAACCGACUUCGAAUCAAGCAAGCCAUUCCUUCACUAAUGGAACUACGGAACUAUCUCUUCCCCAGCAAAGUCCCACUAACAGCUCUUCACAAUUUCAACGUGAAGCUCAAAACCCGGCCUUUAAAACUUGCGUUGAUGAACCCGCAAUUCAGGAUUCCCGCCUUUUAACCUCUAUAACUAAUGAGUCCAGGGCUGGGUCUGUGCCAACAACUGGGACGCCAGACGAUUUACCGGAGCAAAAGAUUUUCCCUGGAGUGGUGCAUGAAAGAGCCCACCGGGAAAGUCUGUUAAGCAGGUCUGCUGCUGCUGAAGAUGCCAAGGAGCAAAAGAACACCCAAGGAAAUGAGCCUUCUAGCCUCUCCUAAGGAUUUGUUUAAUUAAAUUUGUGGUAGCAGCGGCAGUUCGGGGAGAGGGUUGGGGUUACGUUAGGUCUAUUAGGAAUUUACCCAUUCAUUAUAGCUGGCUAUUGAUCGAUGUGCA